CUUUCAAGUGUGACCACUAGAGGGCCCUGCACACUGGUAUUUUGUACCCGUCAUGACCAAAUAGAUGCUUUGCCCUUCAGUUGUACAUUACAAUACAGGAAGCAUCUUGUGUCUACGUGCUUGUCACCUCGUAAACCCUCCCGCCUCGUCCUACAUCUGUUUGUCUCCUGCUGUGCAGGACUCAGAGACUUUCAGGAAACUCUGAAGCAGCAGGUGUUUUGAGUAUUUUGGAAACAUGUCUGGAUUCAUCCAGUUGUUGAAGAAGAGGAAGGAGCUGAUCCCUCUGGUGGGAUUCAUGGCGUUCGCAGCUACAGGAGCCACAUCUGCUUCCUUGUACUUUCUGUUCACCAAAUCCGAUGUGAUUUUGAACAAGUCUGAAAACCCAGAACCAUGGGAAAGACUGGACCCCUCAAAGCCCCAAAAGCUAAUCACCAUCAAUCAGCAGUGGAAACCAGUGGAGACUCUGGAAAUGGUGAAGUCCAUGACCAAAUAAAGAAAGAAGAGCCAGUAUCAUCUCUGAAGAUGUAGAGUCUUGACUACUUGCCAGGCCCCCUCAUCAGUCUAGCAGAAUCCUUUCUGCACAAACUAGGACGCUUUGACACUCAGUGUGCGGAAAUGCUUCUGCUCAACUGGUGGGGCUUCACCCCUGCUCUGUAGCGGCAACACAAGGACAUCUAUCCACAACGACAGAAAAAGAAACGUCUGAGAUUAGGACAGGUCAUUUGUUUUUGUUUUUGUUUUUAUUGGCUAACCAUAGCUGGAGAGAUUAAUUUUUACUUUAUCAGCUGUGGUUCGUCUUAACUGUCAGAUGCCUUUGGUAGGAAUGUUCAUUGCUGUCUAAAUAUAAAAAGACACAAACCCAGAGUACUGUACUGUAUAUUGUCAAUAAAGCUGAGCUUUUAUGUGGCUUAGAAGAGAGUCUUGGCGAUUCGGUGUCAACAUUAUAUUUGCGGCUUCAAACAAAUGCAUACAACCUAUUUAAUAUUUAAUGAAAUGCCCCUUAGAAAGUUGAAGAGAAACGUGAGCUUUGCAACCAUCAACAGAAUUCUGUCAGAAUAUUUAAUAUUCUUAUCAGAAUUGGUCGAUUUCAUUUAAAUUGAAUUAUAGUCGACACUUUCAAUAUGAUUAAGGAGAUAACUUCACUCAUUAUGCUGUAAGGCAAAGGAACAACCCUGCAGCACAAUACUACAACUACUUCACUUUACAGUGUUUAGGGAUAAAACCAUCACUUGACCUUGAUGCUGGUGGCUGCUGCCUCUACGUGAUCUACAAGAUGAAGGAAAACUAUUAUGUGAUUAGUCAUAAAUUUGAAGUCGGGAACUACAAUCACAAAUGACAGAGGGAUUGAAGACUAAGUCUAACACAGUAAACAAUAAAUCAAUCGCAUGAUAAAUUAAAAUGAGCAUAAUCAUUUUCAUUUGGACAACAGUUGCUAGGAGAUGCUCCCCUUUAAUAAACUUGAAAAGCCAGGAUUUUGAGAAGCACUCCAAACAUUUGACACCUACAACAAAGUAGUUACUUUGCACUACCUGCCACUUUUGCCUGUUUUUACUGUCUAAGCUAAAUGAUUAUUUCAAAUGCAAUUUUGGUUACAGACACCUCACAAUCCAUUUUAAUUACUGUUAUAUUGUUUUAUUAGCUUAUUUUGGAUAUUUCAAAUGUUUUUUUUAGUUCCAGUGUCAAAUGUUCUUUAGAAAUGAAAGGUUUUUCUUAAUCUUUGAAUAUGCUUGCAUUAAUGAGCCCUUAUCAUUGUUGUUAUGUACAAUAAAAAUGUUGUCAAAAUGA